AUGGCCGCCACCAAGAACAAGUACUCGGUCAUUCUGCCGACCUACAACGAACGGAAGAACCUCCCUAUCAUUAUUUGGCUGCUUCAGAAGACCUUCAACGAAAACAAGUUGGACUGGGAAGUCAUCAUUGUUGACGAUGGCUCCCCUGACGGAACCCUCGAGAUCGCAAAGCAGCUUCAAACACUCUAUGGGCCCGAGCACAUCAUCCUGAAGCCUCGCGAAGGCAAGCUCGGCUUGGGAACUGCCUAUGUUCACGGUCUACAAUACGUCACCGGCAAUUUCGUCAUCAUCAUGGACGCUGACUUCAGCCACCACCCCAAAUUCAUCCCCGAGAUGGUCCGUAUUCAAAAGGAAAGCGAUGCCGAUAUCGUGACCGGUACUCGCUAUGCCAACCGUGGGGAUAUUAAGGGUGGUGUCUAUGGCUGGGAUCUGUUCCGCAAAUUCACGUCGCGCACUGCGAACAUGAUCGCGGAUGUUAUGUUGAUGCCCGGCGUCAGCGAUUUGACUGGUAGUUUCCGUCUGUACAAGAAGCCGGUUCUUGACAAGGUCAUUACUAGCACUCAAAGCAAGGGCUACAGUUUCCAGAUGGAGAUGAUGGUUCGUGCCAAGGCUUUGGGAUACAAGGUGGAGGAGUGUCCUAUCACCUUUGUCGAUCGUCUCUACGGCGAGAGUAAGCUGGGUGGCAGUGAGAUUGUCGAGUAUCUCAAGGGUGUCUUUACCCUGUGGCUGAAGGUUUAA